GCAACAGGCAGGCAGGGCGGAACUGAACUGUUCCAGUACGUCGAGGCAAGGCGGACACACGGCCCUGAGUUUGAACAUCUAGUCGAAGUUAAGCAUGGUGACGUCCUCGGCCCUUUUCUGACGUGCACUGCGGACACUAUCGUAGCUUGUUUUAAAGUCACUUUUUGUGACCGUUUGAACUUUCCUGACGUCUUUGUCCUCGGCUUGUUUUUUUUCUACUUUUGACGACAAGGGAGGCGACGGAGUCAGCUCGGCAGCCAUCUUUGGACCUGCUUUGCCUGGGAGUGAGAUUCGACAAUUCUGGCAACCCCAGUCGACUGCUUAGGGUGUGGAUGCUCUUUUCUAUCUCUUUUUAUUUUUUUACAACCUAAAUGAAUACAGUCGUCUUCAAAGGGCAGCCGAGUGACAGUUAAGGAAACGACAAGAUUCCGAAACGCUAAUUCAGCUACGGGGCCAGGGGAUGAGAAGAGCCUCGGGAAUGCCAUCAGUAGCUAGAGCUACGUUUGACAAUGCACCACGAGCACGAGUUGGUAACCACGUAUGAAACAACUGUCCUGCAGAUGAGCCGUCGGUGGGGGCUUUUUAGUCGCUGUCGCAGACCCAGAUAGUUUGGCGGCAGCGGCAUUGCCCCCCACCCCACCCCACCUCCCCACUAUGCCCAACAGCAGUCGGACGGGGAGCCUGAAGGAUCCCGAAAUUGCUGAGCUCUUCUUCAAGGAAGACCCGGAGAAGCUGUUCUCAGACCUGCGCGAGAUAGGACAUGGCAGCUUCGGCGCCGUAUAUUUUGCACAGGAUGUGCGAACAAGCGAGGUGGUGGCCAUUAAAAAGAUGUCUUACAGUGGAAAACAGUCCAAUGAGAAAUGGCAAGACAUAAUCAAAGAGGUGAAAUUCCUGCGGAGAAUAAAACACCCUAAUAGCAUCGAGUACAAAGGAUGUUAUUUGCGAGAGCACACAGCUUGGUUGGUGAUGGAGUAUUGUCUAGGCUCUGCUUCAGAUCUGUUAGAGGUGCACAAGAAACCCCUACAAGAGGUUGAAAUUGCUGCAAUUACCCACGGUGCUCUUCAAGGUUUGGCCUAUCUUCACUCCCAUAAGAUGAUUCACCGAGAUAUCAAGGCAGGAAAUAUCUUGCUGACGGAGCCAGGCCAGGUGAAACUCGCUGAUUUCGGAUCAGCCUCCAUCGCAUGCCCUGCCAACUCAUUUGUUGGCACGCCAUAUUGGAUGGCACCAGAGGUGAUAUUGGCUAUGGAUGAAGGCCAGUAUGAUGGCAAGGUGGACAUCUGGUCUUUGGGAAUAACCUGCAUUGAACUAGCUGAGAGGAAGCCUCCACUGUUCAAUAUGAAUGCAAUGAGUGCCUUAUACCACAUAGCACAGAAUGAGAGCCCCAUGCUGCAGUCCAGUGACUGGACAGAUUAUUUCCGAAACUUUGUAGAUUCUUGCCUUCAAAAAAGUCCGCAAGAUCGGCCAAACUCUGAGGAGCUUUUAAAGCACGCGUUUGUUCAACGUGAACGUCCUGGAUCGGUUCUAAUAGACCUAAUAAAUCGGACGAAAGAUGCAGUGCGGGAACUGGAUAAUUUGCAGUAUCGCAAAAUGAAGAAGAUCUUGUUUCAUGAAGCUCACAAUGGGCCCACAAUUGAAGCUCCGGAUGAGGAGGAGGAGCCAGAACACAGCGUGAGCAGAACUGGCACCGUGAACAGUGUGGGGAGCAACCAGUCCAUUCCCAGUAUGUCCAUUAGUGCCAGCUCCCAAAGCAGCUCUGUCAACAGCCUGACGGACGCCGGCGACGACAAAAGCGAGGUUGACAUGGAGGGGGACCACACUGUUAUGUCUAACAGCUCGGUCAUCCAUCUUAAACCGGAAAAAGCAACAUACAACAAAGAUUCAGAACCCAUCACCCGGUCAGCUGAGCCUCAGUCCCAGCCUGCCAACGCCCCACGGCCAAAACGGAACAGAGAACACUUUGCCACUAUACGCACAGCCUCAGUGCUAACUCGGCAGAUUAAAGAGCACGAGCAGGACUCGGAACUAAGGGAACAGAUCUUGGGCUACAAGCGCAUGCGUCGGCAGCACCAGAAACAGCUGAUGGCACUAGAGAACAAGCUGAAGGCGGAGAUGGAUGAGCACAGACUUCGCCUGGAUAAGGAGCUGGAGAACCAAAGGAAUGGCUUUGCUCAGGAGAUGGAGAAGCUAAUAAAGAAGCACCAGGGGUCGAUGGAAAAGGAUACAAAAACAUUCAGCAACGAUGAGAAGAAAUUUCACCAACACAUCCAGAGCCAGCAGAAGAAGGAACUCAACAGCUUCCUUGAAUCACAGAAACGGGAGUACAAACUUCGCAAGGAACAACUGAAAGAGGAGCUAAAUGAAAACCAGUCAACACCCAAGAAGGAAAAGCAGGAGUGGUUGUCCAAGCAGAAAGAGAACUUCCAGCACUUCCAAGCAGAAGAGGAGGCAAACCUGCAACGCAGACAAAGGCAAUAUCUAGAAUUGGAGUCGCGCAGGUUCAAGCGGAGGAUCUUGAUUGCACGCCAUAACAUUGAGCAGGAUCUAGUUCGGGAGGAGCUGAACAAACGUCAGACCCAGAAGGACCUGGAGCAUGCUAUGCUCCUGCGGCACCACGAGUCCAUGCAAGAGCUGGAGUUCCGUCAGCUCAACACCAUCCAAAGGACGCGGGCUGACCUCAUCCGCCUACAGCACCAGACAGAACUCACCAACCAGCAAGAGUAUAACAAGAGGCGAGAAAGAGAGCUGAGACGCAAGCAUGUAAUGGAGGUUCGCCAGCAACCCAAGAGCCUCAAGUCCAAAGAGCUACAGAUCAAGAAGCAAUUCCAAGACACCUGCAAGAUCCAAACCCGACAAUACAAGGCACUGAGGAAUCACCUGCUGGAGACCACACCAAAGUCUGAACACAAGGCUGUGCUGAAGCGCCUCAAGCAGGAGCAACACCGCAAACUCGCUAUCUUGGCCGAGCAAUAUGAUCACUCUAUCAACGAGAUGCUGUCAACUCAGGCGCUCCGUUUGGAUGAGACGCAAGAGUCCCAAUGUCAGGGCUUGAGAAUGCAGCUUCAGCAAGAGUUGGAGCUUCUGAACGCAUAUCAAAGCAAGAUCAAGAUGCAGACAGAUGCGCAGCAUGAGCGUGAGAGAAAGGAUCUGGAGCAAAGGGUGUCGCUACGUAGAGCCUUGCUGGAACAAAAGAUCGAAGAGGAGAUGAUGUCCUUGCAGAACGAUCGCUCAGAACAAAUCCGCAGCUUGCUGGAACGUCAAGCGCGAGAGGUGGAAGCGUUCGACUCUGAGAGUAUGCGCCUGGGCUUCAGUAACAUGGUGCUAUCAAACGUCUCGCCAGAGGCCCUUAGUCACAGCUUUCCUGGGUCACCUUCAAGUUGGGGUGUUCAUCUUCAGCAGCAGCAGUCACCUUCAGGGAGCUUCCACGGAUCACACUGGAGUGGCGGCAGCUUGGGCGCCGGGUCGAGCCGCCCAGGCAGUGGUUGCCACUAUCACUCCAGUCCCAGCGGGCAGCAGAGCUGGGGCCAUGGCAUGCAGGGAGGCGGGACUCCACAGCAAUGGGGCCACGCAUCAGUGGUAUCCCGCAGCGGAGGCGGUGCGCAGAACAGCCCCCAAGGCCUGGGGAGGACACCACCCGGAAGCCACGGCGAGCAGGGGAUGAGCAGGAGCACCAGCGUCACCUCGCAAAUAUCCAACGGGUCCCACCUAUCCUAUACAUAGGUCUUCUGUCUGCUCACACAAAGUCAAACAAAAUAGCGGCAAAGAAAUCUCCCCUCCAUUCUCUUUUACUGUGUGCGCACGUUUGAAUCAUUGUUGCUCAGGUCAAAAGGGUUGCAAAAAACUGCAACACCCUCCAGCCCUUCCUCCACCCCCUCACUGCAAACAGGUUGUUUAGGUUUAUUUCAUUAGCAACUUCGACAGUUUUUUUUUUUAAUGAUACCUUUUAUUUUUAAAAUACUUUUUGUCAUUCACAGCUCUUUACUCCCAUUUUGCACAUGAUAACACUGUUGAAAACCUUCCCAUCAAACAAAUUAAUAAUACACUCACUCCAAUACAAUUUCCUUUGGCCGGUAAUGUGGUUUUAGACACAUGUGAUGCCAGCCUGCUGUAAUGGCUAAUUUAGAUCACCACCAGUCCAAAGUCAAACUCAUAUUGGCAUUUUCUUCCCUUCAGCUGUAGGCUAAAAGCUUGACAAAGGUGCCUUUUUACCUUUUUUUUUUUUUUUUUUUUUUUUUUUUUAAAAUGUAUAAAUUAAAAAGGAGCAACUUAAAUGUUAAUGUAUAAAAUCCCCAAGAGAUUAGUUUCCUGCACAGCAAGAUGCGUGACCUCUUUAAAGUUUGUUUUGUAGAGUGUUAAAUAACUGGUUGCCAUUGACAGCAGUAGAUGCCUAAUCCAUUCUGAUAGGGAGAGCUAGAAGUGAUCAUUUACUGCUAACGAAUUCUCCUGGUCUACAUGUUAUGAGAGUGCGAGUGCUUGUUUUUACAUCAUUAGAAUCCUUAUUUCAACAAGUCCCAAAUUUAAUAAGGGACGCCCUUUGGUGAUGUGCUGAGUAGUCUUAAAAAAACUGAGGUGUGAAGAAUGUGUAAAUAUGUAUUUGAGUAGUCUGUAGUCCUCUAUUUGUGUUGUAUUUUCUUUCGAAGUGAUGUGACAUAAUUUCCUAAGGUGAUGCCCUUGCCUUCAUAUUAUGAUAUCUUGAUUUUUAUCAGUGCCUUUUUGUAGAUAAAAAUACUGCUGCCUUUUUGAAGCACUUUAUCCUAAAUGCAAGAUGCUUUCUAGAGUAAAUACUUACUUUGGCAAGAGCAACAAAUAGAUGAAUGCUGUGUUGUCAGGAUUUAGUACACAGGAAGCAUGGUGUGUGAGUUUAAACCCUUAAAAUGAAUGUGUUGAACUAUUGGAGUUGUAGUUUUGCUUUUUAAAUCUGACCCAUUGAACUACUCAGGCUGGUAGUGUGUAGUCUGUACUAGCCAAGACCAUUACAGCAGGCUGGCAGCACAUAACAGCCCGGUGAGGUAACAACGCAAAGGUCCAACAAUAAAGAAUAUGACGGCUGACUGAAUCAAGCAUGCAUUUUUGUGUCUAAAUAGAAACUAAUGUGGCAAUUAGCACUUAGCCAUUUCCUUUUCAUGUUACUGGAUUGGCCUGCAACCUUUACAGGAGCUAUCAAACUUUUUUCUACAGCAAGGGCCAAUAUGACUGUGAAAACCAUCUUAAUGUAUUGUCAGCACAUGUUGCAGUCAUCAUGCAGAAUUAUACGAAUCCAUAACUUUUCAGGUCCUUGCCCUAAAAAUACGUUAUACUGUAGUGGUUGAGCAAUUAACAUUGCAUUGCCAAAGCAAGCAAGCCAUUUCCAGCAUUUAAAAAACACGGAGUGGCCAAUAGAAUUGGGGGGGGGGGG